AAUUGGUUGAAUGAUGCAUAAUAAACCAACUUGAUGGGUGCCGUUAUUUCUCAACUCGGAUUUAACCAACCGUUCUUACUUGCAUUGGCCAUAAUAGUAAUUCUUCUCGGGCUGACAGUAUUUGCCGUUGGUCAUGAUAACAAUGAAACCGUCUGUGAUUAUGUUCCAAUUCCACAAAUUCGGAUACUUCCCACAUCUGCUCCGCCUCAUCCUGCACCUCCACGAAAAAACAUGUGACAAAUUUUGAUUAAUUUUUUGUUUUCGAUUCUUGAUUUCCAAUUUCGCUUUCAUUCAACAUUUUUUUAUUCUCAUCGUCGAGUAAUGAAAAAUUUAUUUAUU